ACUUUAAACGACAAAUCAAACAACAACUAGGAGAUAAUUAAGAUUAUGCAGAUUUUGGAAACUGAUCAACGGAGUUGAUUCAUGCAUGUUUCGUCUGAACUACGGUGCUUGACAGAACUAUUGUUUAUUGUAACGUCAUGACCAGUGCCAUGGUGUUAUGGACCCCUAGCUCGUUAUAUUAGCAAGGUGGAUUAGGUUUCGAGGAGAUAUAUAGUAGUGUUCUGCAGAGUGUUUGACUAUUUAUUGUUAUCGAAAAGAUGGCUGUGCCGGUGAGAGAUAUGGAGGUGGAGGUGUCAGAGAAGGAUGGAGUUGCAAGCUGGAGGGGAACAUUGUUCAAGUAUGGUGAAGAGCUGAAGAAAACGAGUCGUAUCGCGGGGCCUAUGGUUGCGGUUUCAGUGCUGCAGUACCUGUUGCAGGUGAUUUCGGUGGUGAUGGUGGGUCAUGUCAAUCAGCUCACCCUUGCUGGCGUCGCCAUUGCUACUUCUAUGACUAAUGUCACCGGCUUCAGCCUUCUGUCAGGACUGGUUGGUGGAUUGGAAACUCUAUGCGGCCAAGCUUAUGGAGCAAGGCAAUAUGAUAAAGUUGGUGUAUACACUUGCAGUGCCAUAAUAUCUCUGCUUCUGGUUUGCAUCCCUGUAUGUGUAUUUUGGAUUUUCAUAGACAAAUUCUUGAUUUUAAUUGGCCAAGAUCAUUCGAUCUCUCAUGAGGCGCGCAAGUAUGCCAUUUGGGUGAUCCCUGCAUUAUUCAGCAGUGCAAUUCUUAAGCCUGUAGUUAGAUAUCUGCAGUCCCAGAGUCUGACUCGACCCCUGCUCGCAAGUUCUUUCGUUGUUUUAUGCUUCCAUGUUCCUCUGUGUUGGGCUCUGAUUUUCAAGUUCAAGCUCGGAACUGUUGGUGCAGCUCUAGCUUUUAGCAUGUCUAAUUGGUUAUAUCUAAUUUUGCUUGUGUUAUAUGUAAAAUACUCGGCCUCUUGUGAGACCACAAGAAUUUCUUUUACCAGUGAGGCCUUCCUUGUUAUCGGGCAAUUCUUUAGGUUUGCUGUCCCAUCUGCAGUAAUGGUCUGUCUGAAAUGGUGGUCACUUGAAGUGCUUGUUUUGCUGUCUGGCCUUCUGCAUAACCCAAAGCUCGAAACUUCAGUUCUUACAAUAUGCUUAACAAUUUCUACAUUGCACUUCACUUUACCAUAUGGAAUAGGAGCUGCAGCGAGUACUCGCGUUUCAAAUGAACUGGGAGCUGGAAAUCCGCAAGCAGCUAGAGUGGCUGUAUGGACUGUGAUAUCUCUUGCAGCAGUGGAGGCUGUAAUAGUAAGCACAACACUUUUCUUCUGCCGCAAUAUAUUGGGAUAUGCUUACAGCAAUGAUCAGGCAAUUGUGAGUUAUAUUGCGGUGAUGACUCCUCUUAUUUGUCUCUCAGUAAUCACUGACAGCAUACAAGCUGUUAUUUCCGGUAUUGCUAGGGGGAGCGGAUGGCAACAUAUUGGCGCGUAUGUGAAUAUCUGUGCAUUUUAUCUGUUUGGUAUACCUAUAGCUGUGGUUUUGGGCUUCACCAAGCAUAUGAAUGCAAAAGGGCUUUGGAUCGGAAUUGUGGUUGGAUCGAUUAUACAGUCUACUGUGCUGUUUCUGAUAACAAGCUUCACAAAUUGGCAGAAGCAGGCGACCAAGGCAAGCGUUAGGAUGUCUAAAGUAGGAUCCGCGGUUGAGAACGAGGAGGAGAGCACGAGGAAUGAGGAUGUCUGAAUUAGGAUCCAGGGUUGAGAACUAAUAGGAGAGCAUCACUUGUAGUUUCAUGCUCGAGACUGCAUCGUUGCAGUAGAACAUUUGUACGCUACAGACCACAGGAGUACUUGUAAAAUGCAGCUCCAGUGCUAGCUCAUUGGUCACCUAGUAUGUACAGGUCAUGAAAUAAGAUCAAAAUUUGCGAAAGUGAUAAUGUUUUACAAGUACUCUAUUUGCACACAACGUAUUACAUGAAGUUAUGAACAACCAUGGUAAUUAUAUUGGUA